AUGUUGAGACAGAGGACCAACGUUAGAAUUUUGCAAUCCGGACUCAUCGCUCUGCUGCGAAGAGCAUUUUCCGGAUCCAGAACUCGAUUGGAUGCCGUUGUGGUGUCCGGGACACAGCUAGCAUCCAAGAUACGCGAGGAUAUCGCGCAGAAGGUGUUGGCUUACAAUCGCGAGCACUACGGGAUUCAUGACACGGCGUUUGAAAAAUUAAAGUUCAAGCCCAGUUUGACGAUUGUUCAGGUUGGUUCGAGACCAGACUCGUCGAGCUACGUCAAGUCGAAAUUGAAAGCUGCAGAAAAAUCAAACAUCAGCUCGCAUUUGCUCAAGUUGGACGAAGAUAUAAGCCAGGAGGAUUUGGUUGAAGAGAUAGACAAGUUGAACAAAGACCCUAAAGUCCAUGCUAUUCUCGUGCAGCUCCCUUUGCCCAAGCACAUUGACGAGACUUUAAUCACCAAUUCCGUCUUGACCGAAAAGGACGUGGACGGGUUUGACCACUACAACAUUGGACAGUUGUCAAAGAGAGGAGGGCAACCAUACUACAAGCCCUGCACCCCGAACGGUAUCCUCGAGUUGAUCAAGACCACGGGAAUCAGCUUGAGAGGCAAGAAUGCCGUUGUCAUUGGCAGAUCGGAUAUAGUCGGCACGCCAGUUGCUACGAUGUUGAGGAAUGAAGAUUGCACAGUCACGAUUUGCCAUCGCCAUACUCAAAACUUGCCCGAGGUUGUCUCUCGUGCUGAUAUCGUCAUUGCCGCUGUGGGAGUUCCCGAGUACGUCAACGCCUCGUGGGUCAAAGAAGGCGCAGUGGUGAUUGAUGUUGGUAUCAAUUAUAAGGACGAUGCGUCAGCUGCCAAUGGCGAAGAAAAGAAAAAGAAGAAAAAAUUGGUGGGCGAUGUUGCGUUUGAUGAAGUUGCCAAGAAGGCCGGGUUCAUCACCCCCGUGCCAGGUGGAGUUGGUCCCAUGACUGUGGCUAUGUUGUGCUCCAAUGUAUACGACGCUGGUGUUUUGCAUGCUCAAAAGGCACACGAGCACCGCUUUAAGGCACUUCCUUUGGAUUUAAAGACCCCCGUGCCAUCCGAUAUCGACAUUUCGAGAGCACAAAAGCCGAAAUUGAUCACUCGUGUAGCUAAAGAAUUGGGAAUUCUCGAUAAGGAAUUGGAACCUUAUGGCCACUACAAGGCCAAAGUCGACACCAAGUCGGUGAUUGAAAGACUUGAUGAGCAAGUUGAAGGAUCAGCUGAGGAUAAAGGCUACUAUGUGUUGGUAGCUGGUAUCACACCAACUCCAUUGGGUGAAGGCAAGUCCACCACAACAAUGGGUUUGGCACAAGCGCUCGGUGCCGAGUUGGGUUACAACUCCAUUGCAAAUGUGAGACAACCUUCGAUGGGGCCAACUUUUGGCGUUAAAGGUGGCGCUGCAGGUGGUGGGUACGCUCAAGUCAUUCCCAUGGACGAGUUCAACAUGCAUUUGACUGGUGACAUUCAUGCUAUUUCCGCCGCGCAGAAUUUGCUUUGUGCCGCUGUUGACACCCGGAUGUUCCAUGAAGCCACUUCCAAGACCAUUGGUGGCUUCUUCAAGAGAUUGGUGCCUGCCAAAAAAGGUGUAAGGAAAUUUACCCCAUCGAUGCUUAAGAGAUUGGAAAAGUUACGCAUUGACAAGACCAAUCCUGAUGACUUGACCCCUGAGGAAAUUGAAAAAUUUGCCAAGUUGGACAUCGACCCCGACUCCAUCACCAUCAAGCGUGUCGUUGAUUGCAACGAUAGGUUUGUUCGCGAAAUCACCAUUGGACAAGCUAAAAACGAAGCCAGCAAGUAUCCACCCAGAAAAACAGGAAUGGACAUCACGGUGGCGAGCGAGUUGAUGGCGAUUUUGGCGCUUUCAAACUCGUUGAAGGACUUGAGACAAAGAGUCGGGCGCAUUGUUAUCGGCACGCAAAGGGGAAGUGGUGCAGCAAUCACCGCUGAAGACGUGGGCGUUGCUGGUGCCAUCACCGCCUUGUUGAAGGAUGCAAUCAAACCAAACUUGAUGCAAACUGUUGAAGGAACUCCCGUGUUUGUCCACGCUGGUCCAUUUGCCAACAUUUCAAUUGGUGCCUCUUCGGUCGUCGCCGAUAAGGUUGCUUUGAAGUUGACGUCGCCAGCGAACCCAAUCAACAAUGGCCACACUGGGUUUGUUGUCACUGAAGCCGGGUUUGAUUUCACCAUGGGCGGAGAGAGAUUUUUCAACAUCAAGUGUAGAAGCUCUGGGUUAAAGCCAGAUGCCGUGGUGUUGGUUGCUACCACGAGAGCAUUGAAGUUGCACGGGGGCGCCCCAGACGUGAAGCCCGGCCAAUCUUUACCUGCCGAGUACGUGAAUGAAAACUUGGAGUUUUUGGAGAAGGGCUGUGCAAACUUGGCCAAGCAAAUUGAAAACAUCAAGCAGUAUAAUGUACCUGUGGUGGUUGCCGUCAACCAAUUUGAAACCGACAGCGAGGCAGAGAUUAAACUAAUUGAGAAAUUGGCCCUCGAGGCCGGCGCGGAUUUCGCUGUUGAAUCAAACCAUUGGGCCAAAGGAGGAUUGGGAGCCAAAAAAUUGGCCGAGGCUGUCGUCGAGGCAGUCCAAUUGUCGCCAAAGGGACAACAGCAAUUCUUGUACGACGUCAACGACACCGUGGAAAACAAAUUGAACGCCAUUGCCACCAAGAUGUACGGAGCCAAGGACAUUGAGUUGUCUCCGUUGGCCAAGCAGCAGAUUGACACCUACACCAAGCAAGGAUUCGACAAAUUGCCCAUUUGCAUAGCCAAGACCCAGUACUCCUUGUCCCACGAUCCAACGUUGAAGGGUGUUCCUUCCGGGUUCACUAUCCCCAUUCGAGAAGUGAGAUGUUCAGCCGGGGCCGGCUACUUGUACGCUUUGGCGGCUGAGAUCAUGACCAUCCCGGGAUUGCCCACCCAUGCUGGAUUCAUGAACGUUGAAGUGAACGACGAUGGACAAAUCGAAGGGUUGUUUUAG